AUGUUCAAUUUGACCAAACCUUUGAUUUUACUUCUAUGUCUACUCAUUACCGGAGAAUGCCGUCAGAGUGGUCAUCAAGAGCGGCGAUGGAUCGGUACUCCAGAAAUGCAAAAGCAUGGCACCUCCUUGGCAAAGAAGCCUCCAGAUGUGACCAAGUCUCGCAAAAUGAAGACAGAGCAUCUCAUCAAAGUAAAUAAUCAUGACUUCACCAUGAGGCCAGCAUUUGGAGGUCCUGCCAUCCCUGUGGGAGUAGAUGUUCAGGUGGAGAGCUUGGACAGCAUCUCAGAAGUUGAUAUGGAUUUUACCAUGACACUGUACCUGAGACAUUAUUGGAAAGAUGAGCGUCUGUCAUUCACCAGCAGUACCAAUAAGAGCAUGACAUUUGAUGGCCGUCUGGUAAAAAAAAUAUGGGUCCCAGAUGUGUUCUUCGUCCACUCCAAGAGAUCUUUCAUCCAUGACACCACCACAGACAACAUCAUGCUGCGUGUCUUUCCUGAUGGUCACGUGCUUUAUAGUCUCAGAGUCACAGUGACCGCAGCCUGUAACAUGGACUUCAGCCGAUUUCCCCUAGAUUCUCAGACUUGUUCCCUGGAAUUGGAAAGCUAUGCAUACACAGAUGAAGACUUGAUGCUUUACUGGAAAAGCGGUGAUGAGUCCCUAAGUACUGAUGAUCGUAUUUCAUUAUCACAGUUCCUUAUCCAGAAAUUCCACACUACAUCUCGCUUGGCCUUCUACAGCAGCACAGGGUGGUACAAUCGCCUUUACAUCAACUUCACGCUGAGACGCCACAUCUUCUUCUUUCUGCUGCAGACAUAUUUUCCUGCCACACUAAUGGUCAUGCUAUCAUGGGUGUCCUUUUGGAUUGACCGCCGGGCUGUGCCAGCCAGAGUUUCCUUGGGUAUCACCACAGUGCUAACCAUGUCCACCAUCAUCACUGGUGUGAAUGCAUCGAUGCCUCGGGUCUCUUAUAUCAAGGCAGUGGACAUUUACCUCUGGGUCAGCUUUGUUUUUGUCUUCUUAUCUGUGUUGGAGUAUGCUGCGGUCAACUACCUGUCCACUGUCCAGGACCGUCGGGAACGUAAAAUGAGAGAACGGGCACAAUCCCAGUCACUACCCUGCACAUGUGGCAUUUCCCAAACAAGAACCAUGGCAAUGUUAGAUGAGACCUACAGCGAGGCUGACACCAACAGUCUUGCCGGCUACACUGUAGAGCCCAUGGUGCCCGAGGAGGAGCAGGAAGGAAUGCAUGACGUUUCAGAAAAAAAUGAACAUAUGGUGGUUCAUCUGUCAGUGAGCAGUGAGUCUACCACAACAAAGAAGAAGAAGAGCCUACGUACCCUAAACAUCAUCCAAAACACUCAUGCCAUUGACAAAUACUCCCGUAUGAUUUUCCCUGGAUCGUACAUUUUCUUCAACCUUAUCUAUUGGUCUGUCUACUGUUGAACACGCACCUGAUUUAGGUCUGCAGUCAUAGAAAUUUUUACACAGAAUACAUCCUGCAUUAAAUAAUAAAUUUCCCAACUAAUUAAAAAUGUCUUCUUGGACCAUGUCUGGUGCUUGUGGACAUUUUCUAAACACAACACAAAACAUUUGUGCUAAAAAUUAUAGAACAUUGUAUGUUAAAUGAGUGCUAUAUUGUAACUUAUUUUUUAUUAAUAUUUUUUAGUUAAAAGAAAUUAAGAAAUUUGCAGCGCUUAUGUCAUAUACAGUACUUGCAACAGUUUUACAGAUUUCAUAUGAAUUGUAAUUAAUAAUUAAUUCCUUGUUGUAAUGUGCUGAAACAAAGUUUUGAUUUGGUUAUCUCCAAGUUAGGAUUCUGCCCGAAUUGGAAAAAUUUCCAGGGCUCCAACAAAAUAGAUGCAGUUAUUUAUUUGAAAGGCAUAUGAGAGUUGAAAUGUGUUGGGUUGGGUUGGGUGUUAUUACAAUCUAUCGGUUCUAAUGCUCACCAAACCGGAAGUAUUUCAUUAGGUUUUACCCAUUUGAUUGGAUUUUGUUUUUCAGGAUUUUUUACUUUUUUUGUCUUUAGGACAACAUUUUGCCGCAGGCCAUUGUUUGGGACAACUUAAAUAUGAGUUGAAAUGGCAUCACUGAAAACAAAUUUCUUGAACUCUUAAGCAGGGUGUUACUGGAUAUUACCAAAGAAAUGAUAACAAAAAUUCUGUGUCUCGACGUGGUUUUUAAAACUACACAACGCUCAAGUCCACCGGUCACAGAGACAGACAACAGCCACACUCACAAUCACACCUAUGGGCACUUUGGAGUCUCGAAUUAAUCCAUGAAAUAUCAAAAAUCAUGAAGAUGGCUCAUAAUACAUACAGGAAAAUUAGAUUUUCCGAAGCAGGAAUAAGAGGUAAUGAAACGGGAGUUUUUUUUAAUUUGCUCAACAAAGUGUGAUGUCUGAUGUUUUUGAGUGGACCUCUGCCAACAAGGAUAAGAACAUUCCAGCAGAUGAUUGAUGUUAAACAAAUGCCUAUCGUGUUUACUGCUCAAUCCGUGAACUCCAUUUUUGAGGAAUGGAAGCACCUUUACAAGGAUGAUAGUAUUUGUCUAAAGAAACAAGCGAUGAAAUGAAUCACUUCCAACAUAUUGUGCUGUGUGUGUAACCCAACAACACCAUCCAAAAUUGAAAGACAAAGUAAUGAGGAACAAAAGACAAGACAGCACUCUGAUGGACAGCGGAUCAAGAAGAAAGGUUCACUGCCAACCGCUGUACAUCCUAAGGAGUUAACCUCAAAGCCAAAAUGAGAAUUCAUAUUUUACAAAUUUUCACCAACCCAGCCCUUUUCCAUUUUACCCAGUCGAACUUACUCUCUCGGAUUUCACUGAAGAGAUAAGAACACUGUCAAUAUCAGAAUCAGAAUCAUCUUUAUUGGCCAAGUAUAAAACAACACGUGUGGAAUUUUACUCCGGUAGUUGGUCCUGCCUGAGUACAACAUACAUGUUAGUACGAAGAACAAUAGACACUCAA